AUGGCAAUUGAAGUCAACAUUAUUUACAUUUGUAUUCCAGUCCUUGUGGUUUUGUAUCUCCUAACAAAACAUGUAUCACACAAGCUCCAAAAUCUGCCCCCUACACCCUUUCCAGAACUCCCUUUAAUAGGCCAUCUUCACCUUGUUAAGAAACCUCUCCACCGUGAGCUAGCCAAGAUUUCUGACCAUCAUGGCAAAGUGCUUUUUCUCCGCUUUGGAUCACGUCGUGUUCUUCAUGUUGCUUCCCCUUCAGCAACAGAGGAAUGCCUUUCCAAAAACGACAUUAUAUUUGCCAACCGACCACAUCUUUUUAGUGGCAAGUAUUUCGGCUACAACUACACUAGCCUCCCUUGGGCCCCUUAUGGUGAGCAUUGGCAGAAUCUUCGGCGUAUUUCAGCUAUUGAAAUCUUAUCAUCCAAACGCCUUGACUCACUUUCUCAUAUCCGUCUUGAAGAGAUCCAGUCACUGACCCGCAGAUUGUUUUUGACUGCCAAUAAGAAUCCAGAUGAAAUUUUGAAUGUGAGAGCCGAGUUGUUUGGCUUCAUGUUUAAUGUAAUGACAAGGAUGAUGGCAGGAAAGACGUAUUUUGGUUUGGGCAGUGAAAAACUAGCAGAAGCAAAGAGGUUCCGUGAUAUGGUUGCAGACACUGCGAAAGUAAACGUGCAAUCAGCUAUGGCAGAUAUGUUGCCUAUUUUGCGGUGGUUUGUUGGUGGAAAAUUAGACAAGAGGUAUAAGGCAGUGCAGAAGAGGCGUGACGAUUUUAUGCAAGAAUGGAUAGAUGAACUUCGUGCAGAAGAUGGUUUGGGUAACGAAGACACGAAGAAAACAUUGCUGAAAGUUUUAUUAUCUCUGCAAAAUGAAAAUCCAGAAUACUACACUGACGAAAUGAUCAAAAGUCUCUCACAGGCCCUGUUACAUGGAGGAAUCAACACUUCAGUGGUGACAAUGGAAUGGGCAAUGUCACAUUUACUUAAUAACCCAAACGCAUUAAAGAAGGCACAGAUAGAAAUUGACUGUGUUGUAGGAUGUGAUCGCCUAGUCAAUGAAGCAGAUUUGUUAAAGCUUCCUUACUUGCAGUGUAUCAUCAAAGAGACAGUAAGAAUGCAACCACCAUCGCCUUUACUUCUUCCUCACGAGUCAUCCAAAGAGUGUACUGUUGGAGGUUAUCGUAUCCCACAAGGUACAAUGUUGUUAGUAAAUCUAUGGGCGUUACAAAAUGAUCCCAACAUCUGGAAUUCACCCGAAACAUUUAAACCUGAGAGGUUUGAAGUUAUUGAGAAUAUUGUCAAAGUAAAAGAGGGAAUGACUAUGAGCCCAUUUGGGUCAGGAAGGAGGCGAUGCCCUGCUGAGAAUUUGGCAAUGCGGAUAGUGGGAUUGGCAUUAGCGUCACUAAUUCAAUGCUUUGAUUGGAAACGUGUUAGUGAGGAAUUGGUGGAUAUGACCGAAUCUGGUGUGUUCAGUUUAGCCAGGGCUCAACCUCUGAUGGCUAAGUUUCAGACUCGUUCGAACCUUGCGCGUCAUCUAUUUCAUGUCUAG